AUGGCGGGACACCUGGCUUCCGACUUGGCCUUCUCGCCCCCGCCAGGCGGUGGAGGCGAUGCGCCGGGAGGGCCGGAGCCCGGCUGGGUUGACCCUCGGACCUGGCUGAGCUUCCAAGGCCCUCCCGGCGGGUCAGGAAUCGGGCCCGGGGUUGGGCCGGGCGCUGAGGUGUGGGGGAUUCCCCCGUGCCCCCCGCCGUAUGAGUUCUGCGGGAUGACGUACUGUGGGCCUCAGGUUGGAGUGGGGCUGGUGCCCCAAGGCGGCCUGGAGACCUCUCAGCCAGAGGGCGAAAGGGGAGCCGGGGUGGAGAGCAACUCCGAGGGGGCCUCCCCUGAGCCCUGCGCUGCCCCACCUGGGGCUGUGAAGCCGGACAAGGAGAAGCUGGAGCAAAACACCGAGGAGUCCCAGGACAUCAAAGCUCUGCAGAAAGACCUGGAACAAUUUGCCAAACUCCUGAAGCAGAAGAGGAUCACCCUGGGAUAUACUCAGGCCGAUGUGGGGCUCACCCUGGGGGUUCUCUUUGGGAAGGUGUUCAGCCAAACAACCAUCUGCCGUUUUGAGGCUUUGCAGCUCAGUUUCAAGAACAUGUGUAAGCUGCGACCCCUGCUGCAGAAGUGGGUGGAGGAAGCUGACAACAACGAAAAUCUGCAGGAGAUAUGCAAAGCAGAGACACUUGUGCAGGCCCGAAAGAGAAAGCGAACAAGUAUCGAGAACCGAGUGAGAGGCAACCUGGAGAACAUGUUCCUGCAGUGCCCGAAACCCACCCUGCAGCAGAUCAGCCACAUUGCCCAGCAGCUCGGGCUGGAGAAGGAUGUGGUCCGAGUGUGGUUCUGCAAUCGUCGCCAGAAGGGCAAACGAUCAAGCAGUGACUAUUCGCAACGAGAGGAUUUUGAGGCUGCUGGGUCCCCUUUCUCAGGGGCACCAGUAUCCUUUCCUCUGGCACCAGGGCCCCAUUUUGGUACCCCAGGCUAUGGAAGCCCUCACUUCACUACACUGUACUCCUCAGUCCCUUUCCCUGAGGGUGAAGCCUUUCCCUCUGUGUCUGUUACCACUCUGGGCUCUCCCAUGCAUUCAAACUGA